GGCUUAGGGAACUUCGCCAGUGCCUUGCCAUCUGUGGGAGGGGGCUGUCGGCGGCUCUCUGGCGCGGGUGAUAUCGAUAAUUCAACGUAGGAAGUAAGAGUUGAGUAAGGAUUGGGCUAUCGCCGUCAGCUGAGUGAGGAGUUUGGCUGACCUUGAAUUGACCUCACUUUAUCGACCAGCCUCUCCGUCAGCAGGGGCGCCAUGGCUUCAGCGCCCUCUGAGAGCGACACCCUUCUCGGUGGGCGUCGCACCCCCCCGCCCCGGUACUCCAGCAUCAGCCCUUUUGACGCACAGAGGAGAAAAGACGCGCAUCUGGCAGCCAAACAGUCGGGUGCGGCUGCAAAUGUUGAAAGUCGAGGUCCUCCCAACAGUGGUCCUCCUACAGGUCACCAGGCAGGUCAGCACGGAGGUCACGUGCAACAGCCUCCCAUGCAACCAGGUUGGUGGUCGUGGAUACCCGGUCCUGCCCAGUACUUCCCUCCCGGCCUGGAACACCUGACUCACGUGGGAGAGCUCACCAUCUCGAAACAUGGGCGGAAGCUGCGCGUGAGCCGGGAGGAGGGGCAGCAGAUCUACGUAGUGCGGACCUUCCACCCGCGGUGCUGCAGCGGCGGCGGGGAUGCGGACGCCGUCACCAUCAAGGUCCUGAACAACGCGCAUCUGGACGUCCUCAACCUCACGAGGACCGACGAGGAGUCCUCCUGCUGCGCCUACACGCCCACGCAUCUGGAGGUGUGCUUCCCGCCCGGCAACAUGGUGGGCGUGGUCCAGGGAUCCCCGAUGGAGUACACCGUCCACAACCCUUCAGGAGACCUUCUGUUCCUCCUCCAGAAGGAAGCCGACACAUUAUGCUCCAGGGGCGGCUAUGAGGUGACCUCGGCUGACAGGUUUCCCCUCGGGAGGAUCUACCUGGCGAAGACCUCCUGCUGUUCCACUUCGAAGGAGGUGAAGGUCUGCUUCCCCACCAACCUGGAUCUGAGGUCGAAGGCGCUGAUCUUGGCUGGAGCCUUGUCCAUUAGAGACCUACACUGGGAUUAGUGAUCACUUCUCCUGCCGAGACCUGUUAAAAUGUAUCUAAUAAGUGCAACUAAAGUAGGAGAGGGAGAGGGAGAGAGAGAGAGAGUGAGAGUGAGAGGAGAGGAGAGGAGAGUGAGAGAGU